CAGAAGCGAGCGGUUGCAGCGGAAACGGUUUGUCAGGGAGGGCGACAGACGGCUUUGACUUUGGGCGCUUUGUCACGUUUCGACCGGAGAGGAAAGAUGCAGCGGACAGAGGAGAAACACUGAGCGGGAGGAGAGACCGUGAGAGAGCAGGUGGUGCUGCCAAACCCGGAGUAGACGAUGCUUAUUUGCCGCAGGCCCCGCCAUCGUGAAAUUGGAUACCGACUUGCGGCGGAUGGGGUGACCGAGCUCGCUGCUCCGCCGGGGAGGUCCCUGCCUUCGGACGUUACCGGGGAGGGAGCUGCCUGUGCCCGGUUCUAAGGAAGGAAGGAGUGGCAAGAGGGAAAAUGCAGACGGAGGAGGAGACGGCCACCGCUGAAGAGCCCAUUUUGGAGGACGGGUCAGGACGAGAGCAGCAGCGUCCGGUGCAGCAGUCCUUUGGUUCCUCCCUGUGCCGGGAGUCUCACUGGAAGUGCCUCCUCCUGACUCUCCUCAUGUAUGGCUGCUUCGCCACGCUGGCCUGGUGCGCUCUGUGUCGCGUCCCCGUCCUCGGCUCCUCCUCCGGUCCUCUGGGUUCUGAUGACGACGCCACCUCGGCCGCCUACUACAACGACAUCCUGCACCUGGAGAGCCCGUGCUCCAGCGGCUACGUCUACAUCCCGCUGGCCUUCCUGGCGAUGCUCUACGUGGUUUACCUGGUGGAGUGCUGGCACUGCUUCUCCAAGACGGCAAUGUUGGCUAAUGCCGAAUUCCAGGAGGUGUACGAGCGUGUGCAGAGGCUCCAGCAGGCCACACCCUGCAUCUGGUGGAAGGCCAUCAGCUAUCACUACGUCAGGAGGACCCGACAGGUGACCAGGUACCGCAACGGAGACGCUUACACCACCACACAGGUGUACCAUGAGCGGGUGAACACUCACGCCUCCAGCUCAGAGUUUGACUACGGCCGCUACGGAGUCAAAGACGUGUCAAAGGAGCUGCUGGACCUGCAGCUGCACCCUGCGGUCCGCCUCCGCUUCACCAAGUGUUUCAGCUUCUCCAGUGCACGUGCUGAAGCUGCCUACCUCACCCAGCGAGCUCGCUUCUUCGGGGAGAACGAGGGACUCGAUGACUACAUGGAGGCCAGGGAGGGGAUGCACCUGAAGAACGUGGAUUUCCGUGAGCACAUCCUGGCGUUCCCUGACCCGACCCGGCAGCCCUGGUUCUCCCGGCACAAAGUCUUCUGGCUGGCCUCUGCUUUCCUGAUGUCCUGGCCGCUGCGCGUGGUGUCAGAAUAUCGCACGGCGUACGUCCACUACCACGUGGAGAAGCUGUUUGGUGAGGACGAGGAUGGUGGCGGAGGAGGUGGGGGUGUAGGAGGGCCAGGUGGGGGAGGAAGAGGGGAUGGGGUUGAAGGAGGGACUGAGAAUGGACUCCAUCCUGGAAUCAACGGGACGAGUUACAGAGCCAUCUCUCGGGUCAACACGGUGGAUAUGACGGAGCUGGAGUGGCACAUCCGCUGUAACCAACAGAUGGUGCCGAGCUACUCUGAAGCCCUGCUGAUGGACUUGGAAAUGAGCGGGGGGACAAACCCCACCGCCUCUACGCCCAUCUCUGGGGCCACAAGCUCCACCCCGAGCACGGGGCCCAACCCGCCUCCUCUCGCUCUGCCCGUUGUCUUCAACUCGGCCUACCUCCUCCAGAGCUGCCCUCGCUGCCGGAGGACCACGUCCAGCUCCAGCCUGCCCUCCAGGCUGCGGGCCCCCAUGGGAAACACAGCGCUCCUGAACACUACCGUGGCAGGCAUCAGGGCAGCGGGGCAGGGGGGUGGAGGAGGAGGAGGAGGUAUCGGGGGACGGUUGGUGCUCAGUCGGAGCGGAUUCUCUCUGGGGAGACUGGCAGCAGGCCGCCCGAACAGCCUGUUUCAUUCAAGAAGCAUGGGAGGAGGGCUGGGAGGGAGCAGAGAGGAUGGAGCAGGGAGUGGAGGAGGAGGAAGCAGUGGGGGAGGAGGAGGAUUCCUUGGUUUGGGUUCAAGGCAGGACAACGAGGAGACCAGAGGAGUGCUGGAAGGAGAAGGGGAUGAGGAGGAAGAGCAGCAGCAGCAGCAGCAGCAGCAGGAGGAGGAAGCAGCAGCAGCAGCAGCAGCAGCAGUGGUGGUGAUGAGACGGGAUCAGGGAAGAGGAGAGAGAGACGAAGACGCAGAGCCAGACAGUGCAGGAACAGGCGAGGGGAGGGAGAGCGAAGGGGGAGGGAGGGAGCGUCCUCCAUCCUAUCAGGACGCGUUCUUCUUUCCCGUCCUCAUCAUACAUGGAGAAGAGAGCUGCCACGGUGGAGACGACAUGUGACGAUUCAAAAACAAACAAUAGAUUUCACAUUAACAGCAAGAAAGUCUGGGCAGAGGCCGAGGGAGAUGAAGGAACGCGCUGAACACAAAGAGUGGAUCAGAGAGUGAAGCAAUAAGAUGGGAAUGAGUGAGAACAGAAUGAGGUUGAAAGAACUACAGGAAGAAGAAAUGAUUGAGGAAGAACAAAGCAUUACAGAGGUAAGAGCAGCUGUGUGAAACAGAAUAACCAAUGAAACAAGGGGAGGUGGGAAGAUGUACGGUAGAACAUGACUGUUACAGGGAGCAGUGCAUACAGUAAAAGAGCGGAAACGCACUAGUUCAGAUGAGAUGAUAGCUGACCGCAAAAUAAUAUAAAGUCUGAUGCUGUGUUCACGCCUAAUGUUCUCAGGUGAAAAGCCUGUUAGUGUUAAGAUUCUAAUAAACAUCUUAAACGAUGGUGAGGUAAUACCAUUUUAACUUUUAACAGUAUGUCAAAAUCCAUGUGUCAGACAUAUGUACGCCUUAGUGAGGAUGGAGCAGCUAAAGUGCUAGCAUUGCCCUCAUCAAUCCAAACUCCAUUCAAGCUAAAAAGCAUUUUAAAAGUUGUUUGCUUGUCCUUUUGCGUACAGACCUAACAAAGGAUUAACUUUUCUUAUAUUAAUGUUGUGAGUAAUUCACGUGACUUACACAAUGUUAAAUUCAUCUACGUAUAUGGUGUGAACACAGCAUCAGAAUAUGAGUGAAGCCAAAUACUUGAAAACUGUAGACUUUACACUAAGAUAUUGAGAACGAGAGGAAUAACAGAAAGACUGAAAACAUGGGAAUGUACUUCCAGAUGUAUCUAUGCAAGAACAGGAGUGAGAGGAGGAACGGGUCUAAAGACAGCAGAGCCUUUGAGGUAGACUCAUCAGAAGAUGAAAUACAGAAAGAACUUCUAAAUAUGUCAGAGGACACAAAGGGUUUACUAAUUCAAUGUGAGGAAGUAGGAGAGAAACAAUGAUGAGCUUUUGGUAAGGUAAUAGAAAAUGGCAGAGUAUAGCAUUCUAACAACAAUAGGCGGAGAGGAAUAGUCAAAUACAAACGGACCAUGUCAGACCAGAUUAAUCAAAUCAUGAAUUGAAAGAUCAUCUCAAGAGGAGGAGAGAAACAAAAGAAGGAGCAGCAACUCUGGAAUCUGAUCAGGAAAUCAAAUAGUAUUCAAACAGUCCCCCCCAGAAAAAGACCCAGAUUCACUUUACAACGUCACACAGCAUCUGUCGAGCAACUGUAACAUUAUAAUAAGAUUGGAGAAGUAUUGAUUUCCUCCCUCCUCUUCAUGCCUCACCUCACCAUUAGCUUCCGCACCACUCUCUAUCCAUUACCGAUAUGGAGCUGAUAGAAAAAACUCCUUACGAAGAGGAGAGGCGGCUUCCUCUCCUUCCAUCUUCUGUCCUCCCUCCAUCUUCUCUUCUCUUCUCCUUCCUCCAAACAUGCCAACAGAUAGUGCAUAGCAACACAUCUAUUGCUUUUUUGAAAUACAAAUCAUUAGGGGCAACAUCUCUUCUUGAAAUUAGCACAUUGUGUUUAAAUUAAAGUGAAAGGGUUUUGUACCCUAGCUGAUGCACUACCUCCUUCUCCCACCUCUACUUCUCUGCCAUCACUUCUUCUGUAAAGUGCUGCACCUCUCCUGCUCCUCAGAUCACAUUUCCUCUUUGCUCUCUCCACAAAUCACGCCUCCUCUCGGCGAGGAUUCCUCCUCCACCAUCAGAUUUUAUUAAGCAGAUAUAUCACACUUUAUAUAAAGUAUUUUUAAAACCUCUCCCCAUGUCUGAAUAUUGUCGAAGAGACAGAAUAAACAAAAAUGUUAAGAUACUGACAGGCUGCUAACACAGGGUGGGGUUUUCCACCAGCUAUGCCUGUAUAGUUGCGCUCUAGUUUUAAACAGUUGUAGCCAAAGAGAGGUGUAAAAUGAGAAAACAAAUUACAAUAACCUUCCUAAAAUAACUAGGUACUAUAUAACACAAUACUGUAUGUGUUUACGCAUGAUAAAUCACCUCUUAGUCUCAUUUAUGUCCAUCAUUUUGGACCGCAUGGGAAGUCAAACAUGAGCUCAGCUGGUAUACUCCUAAAAUAAAAAACAGACAAGAAUAAUUCAGAGAUUGAAUCGCUUUGUGCAGACGUUAACAUUGCUGAUAACAAUAAUGUAAUAAAUCCAACAAAGAAAUCAUUAAAGCCCAGCCCUUUGAUAGAGUAAAGGGCCGUCCACACCGAGAAACAUGACUAUACAACUAUAAACACUGAGUAUCCACACAUCCCAAAAAUAACGUGUUGGAGCCCCACAAGGGGUAUUGUUGCAUAGAGAGCGAAAAGGACACGAAUAAUAAUAUUAGAGAAGUUUAAAAAACAGCUAGUGAUUUGUAUCUGUCAACGCUUUGGAAGUGAAGAGAGGGACAUAGAUUCUUUAAUAAGAACAUUGAAUUACGGAUGCAGUCCUAAUAGUCCCUUUUACUAAUCCCCCUCCUGUAUGUGACAAAUACACUUCAUUUACGGAUGGAUUUUAACUUGCUGUUAGUGUUUAAUCAUCCAUCAAAUCGUUCUUCAAGUGAUCCAAAAAUAUAUCUUUUGCCACUUUCAUCGUAGUUUUAUAUUUACAGUUAUCUUUAUGGUUAUCCUUCUCGGCGUAGACGGCCACAUUGUGCCAUGCUGCUUCCUCCUCCUCUUGAAGAAUCACCUUCAAAUAAGUAACAGUGCUCUCACUAUAAAAUGUUUAAAAGUUAGCCGGCAUAGAGAUGCAUGUAACUUAAUAGCAGCUAUCGUGCAGUAGCUAACGGCUAUGUAGCAAAUCUUUUCUGCCGUUGCAAAAAGCAGUGAACAAAAAAGUGAAAUGUAGAUAUUUCAGACUCGUGUAGAUAAAGAAUCCAUAGGGUUUAGCUCUGUUUUCAGGCAGGGAGAGACAAUUGGCACAGACAACACCACCAUCAGUGCAGUGAUUUUACAAAGCACACCAAACCUGCUGCAUUAGCGAGAAGCAUUUCAACUUGUUAGCUGGACAUUUCUUACCAUUCCCUGAGGUUCCCGCAGCCACUCUGUGAUGAUGGAAGGUCUCCCUCGUUCUCCAAAAAGCACACCUUAAAGAAUGAAAGUUUGAGAAAAAUAUCCUACAUGAGGAGUUUCCUGAAAAAGAGCAAUGCUUCAGACGCUUCAUAAAUAUGGAUCCUUACACCCAACCUGGAUUCAGCAGAGACAGCAGGAAACGUUCUUUCAAUGAAACUUUCCGGAAAGGUAAAGUAGAGCACGGCCUGGUUUGCUGUACGGGACACACACUCUGACACACAUUCACACACACAGACUCUGGAUCUUCCGUAACUUUCGGGGACAUCAAUUUGGAGUGGGCACAAGAAGACAAAUGGAAAGAAUAAUUACUGGACAUCAAAUAAACAACAACCAGGAUGUUUCUUUGUGACUGGACAACUGGAAAAUGACUUAAGCAGCCGCUAAAAAGAAGAAAAUGUGAGAUUAAAAGACAAUUAUUUUUACAGCUAUAUAUUAUUAUCUCAGUCUCUUGACUUGUUGAUAAAAACGUCUCUAUAAAUGUCCCUGAACAAAAAGAAGCACUAAAAAGCAUUGAACCACACUUCUGUUAAUUUGAUAGAGUUGCUUCCACACAUUCAUUCACUCUGUUUAUGCGUGUGUAUUUCAGUUCUUAUAGCCACUUAAAUUGGAAAUCACAUGUAGUGAGCUUCAAUUUAACAUCCUAACUAUCCUAAUACUUUGCCACUAAAACUGACAAACAGAAAAAUACAAUUCAGUCUGUAAUGUGCUGCUUUUAUAUCAUCUGCAUACUUGAUUAGACAUGAUUUCAGGUUAUUAAGUGAUGUCUUGAAUCCAAAUGCCUUUGUAAGCUUCAGAAUUGUUUUAUUUCUUAGCUGUUUUUUAAAAAAUGUAUUUAAUUUUUGUAAAACAAACAAUUUACUUCCCAUAGUCUUUGAUUACUGAGCCUCCAAUAUGCGUUGGGUGCUUGGAGUUUUGAUAUUUAAUUAUUUUUGUGUGUUUCACUCAUGUGUUGCGACUGGAUAUUUAUACUGCUUUAUUACCAGUGUGUGUCAAAAGUGUGUCCUCAGUCGCUUCAGGUGUGCCAAGAGCUUUGUGCCCAUGAUGUCUUACACACACACUCAUGUGCGCUUGCAUGUUUAGCCACAGCCAUAAAGCAGACAUUAUAACAGCUUAUUUUAGACUAGAGUAACAUCAACCCAUAACAGCCACACACAUGCAAAGUCUUAACACACACACACACACACACACACACACACUGAAAGCAUGGAGCUGUCCUGCUUUGUUGCCUUUGUGUCCGACGUUGCCAACUUUUCGCUCAGGAUUUCAGUUUAUGCUGCAUUCCUGUGUCAACACAAGCUGUCUUUCACACACAUCCAUCAUACCAAAGCAAAACACACAAUUAGAACAGAUAAUGCCUAGGCUUACACACAUGAACAUAGACGAGCAGAUGGUACAGGUGGAGAUGAUUCAACAUUUACACAAAGUGAAAAAAGGCUGGUUUUACUCAGGAGAGAAACUGAAAAAAGCUCAUGAGUAAAUCCUCCCAGAAUGUGUCUGAUACGUUGUGUUUCUGUCCACUAGGUGGCAGCAAAGCCUUAUAAGGUGUUGCAAUGCAGAGAUGUAUUGUAUUCAGAGGGUAAACAACAGUGAAUCUAAGGGUAGAAAACAGCUGAUGUCCUGCUCUCUGCACACACACACACACACACACACACACACACACACACACAGAUGUGUUAGUAAAGCAACUACUAUGACAUCACUGAGCAGAGGUGCAGGCUAAAAGGUUAAGGGGACAGUUUACUCCCCAAAAAAUGUUCCUCUCACCUGUAGUGGUGUUUUUCAAACUAGAUUUCUUUGAUUAGCGUUGCAGAGUGUUAGAAAUAUCGCCUGUAAAGAUUUAUAACGUAAUGGGACUAGAAGGAUAAAUCUGAAAAAUACAACACUAAUGUGUCUUCCAAGAAUUGUGACCCUGUUACUUAUGUUAAUCCAGAGCUUGAGGUGAGUCGGAACUUUUGAAAUGUUCUGGGGUGAACUGUCCCUUUAAACCUGCAGAGAACAGUGCAGCUGUAUGUGAUUGUGCAUUCACUGAUCUUAUUUUCCUUUAACUGUCACUGAAUGUGUUGCAAAGCGAUAUCGCCCAUAUCCCUGCUUUGUGGCUGGACGUGUUGAUGUUGCUAAGCAGCUUUCUGAAAUUAUAACCACAAGCAAUGGGAGCUUCAGUCAUAAAAAUGACAACACUGUUAUAAAAAGGCAAUUUGCUUAUCAACCGCCAAGCUCAUUCUCUGGCUGUCUUGUUUGAUUUGUGAUUUUCUUUUUUGAAAAGGUCACUUUAAAGUACACAUCCGUCUCCAAUGCCCACUUAAAGUUUCUUUGAUUUGCGUUGGCACAACAAUUCCGCUGUCAUUAUUGUUAUCACUCGAAUACCAUUUACAAUGCUCUAGCAAUUAUGACCAAUGUAUUGUUGUCAAUUCUGUAACUGUUUCUCUCAUGGGACGAGUCCAGUCAUACAGAGUUUGUCGAACACUGUAAAAAAACCUGUUUAGAAUUGGUUUGACUCCAGAUCACAUGAACUCCAGCUGCAUUUUUGAUUUUUAGAAAGGACUUGCUUAGUCUAAUGCGGACACUACAAACUGUCAGGAAACAAACACUUGUGAUUCAUUGACAGUUAAUGUAAUUUAUUUAAAGUUAAAAGAAUUCAGGGUGUGACCUCAGACAAUUAAUGUGAUUUUGUGUGCAUUUACAAGCCUCCCUCGGAACAAAAAAAAGCAGCCAAGAUUGAGCAAACACUGUAUUGCACAAGUAGUUUUAUUUUGUGUUCAAACUUUGUUUUAUUUAGUUUUACAAUGUGUCAUGAGUUGUCUUAUGCUUUACAAUGGUAGUGAUGAUGCCUGUUUAUUCAGCUGAUAACAUUAUGUCUAAGUGAUACAUUAGUGUCAGUAUAAUUAACUGAUAUUCAGUGUCUGGGUCAAGGCUAAUUUUAUGAUCAGGGUCAGAUUAGAGUCAGUUUGGAUUUUAAUAAUCAUAAUUGGAGAAAGGGAACUAGUGGCUGAUGAAAUUACACUCUGCUUAAAUAUGUGCUGCGUCACCUGACUGUCAAGUCACCAUUGGACGAUAAAGCUUUAAAAAAAAAAAGGAUAUUCAUGUUAAAAGUCCUCAAGUCACGUCACAUGACAUUUCAGGAUGCCCAUUUACUUUCCUGCUAAAUAUUUAAUGUUGCUGGAUUACCUGUGAGCUGUCAAACAAAUGAAGUGUAACCACAAUGUAGUCGUUAUGUACAUGCAGCCUCUAUGGAACAAUAAUGUCAAGUACAAUGCAUUAUUGUCUUACAAAGUGAAGCCAGGAAUGGGUGCACUGUUCAAGCACCGUCGAGCAAAAAUGUCCUCAGUAUUUAAGCUAAUUAAUAUGUAACUGAUAAUGAGAUUGUCAAUAUCACACCAGAGUAUAGUUGUUGUCACUGGCCUGUUUCAGAUAAUGUAAUUAUUUCCUUUGAGUGGAUGAUGACAGUGGGGGUAAUGGAGCUGGAGGCAAUAACACUGUUAACUGAUGCGCUCCUGCAAUGAUGAUGACAACUAAUUAUCAUGGAAGAUGCAAAUAAAGUCAACCUGCUUGGUA